CGCUAGUGCCGCUGCGGUACUGCCACAGUGGCGAAAAUGGCGGCCCCCUUAAGGCGUUUUGCCGCUGCGGUUCCAGGGGCAAGAUCUAGGUUUCGCUUUCCCGCUGCUGAACGUGCUGGUCAAAAUCAACAGUUGCGGUCAUCAGCCACACUUAAAACAUGUUCACUAUAUGCGUACAACAAGGAAAACUUGUUGGGAACCGGCCUUCUGCUGUUUCCGCCAGCGCGGCUUGCGGCGCGAUCGUCGAGUGGAGCUUGCUGGAACUGCUCCGAGGCUCUUACAAGAACAGAUAUUAUAUGCCGCCGGUGCGAAAGCCUCCAGGAAAUAUCUCACACGCUGAACUACUUCGAAGUGUUUGACGAAAAGGCGAAAUAUGACUUCGACGCCAGUAAGCUUCAGCAAAAGUUUCGAGAGUUGCAGCGCUUGCUUCACCCCGACAAGUUCGCUACCAGAUCCAAGAAGGAGCAGGUUCUGUCGGACAACCUGUCAGCACUGGUGAACCAGGCAUACCAGACCCUAUCAAAGCCUGACAAAAGAGCCAAAUAUUUACUUAAACUUAGUGGGAAGGACCUGGACUCUGUUGUGCUUGAUGCUGCAUUCCUGGGUCGCAUGAUGGAGCUGAACGAGGAAGUGGCUUCUAUAGAAGAGCAACAUGACCAAAAGUCAGCAGAAGAAUAUCUGAAGAUUGUGCAUACUGAAAUGGAACAGGUGACUAAGCAGCUAAGUGCUGCAUUUGAAAAGGACAGCCUUGACCAAGCUAGCAUUGAAUUAGCCAAGUUGAAAUAUCUUAGAAAUGUAGAGGCAAAGCUGAAAGAUGUCAUAGAGCAAUAAAAUACUGAUUUAGUGCACUUCAAAUGUGAAUGCUUUAACUUGGCGUUAUUUCUUUUUUCUCUUUAUAUAAACAUCUCCUUCUUUUUCACUGAAGCUGACUGGCAUGCAUGUAUCAUAGUUUUGGAUCUACUUAGGUAGACAAGUUGCAACGCAAAAAUUGCAUGGCCAUGUUCUGUCAGCUGCUUUAGCCUUGCCAAACAGCAGUAACCAUUGUUGCCAUUUCUUCUUGCCGCAGUCCGUUAAAUAUUUUCUAGAGUUCACCUAUAAAUAUUUUAUUAACAAAGAUAUCUUGGAGCAGCAGAACUAUCAAAAUACUUCAACACAGUAAAUAGUGGAAAACGCUGCCCACAAUGUAAAUAUUGAUGAAAUCGCACUUGCUUACUCGAGAGGCUAGUGCACAAUCAAAAGGUGAACGAGACGAUAAGGACGAAGCACUGAUUUUUGACAAAGGUCUUAUUGCAAUGUGACGCACGCACACAGUAGACACCGCUUAAGACAAACCCGAUUAUGCCGAGUUCUUGAAUGUGGGGCACAGUUGGCACUGCAAAGUGCCGCUGCAGGCUGAUAAAUAAGGUGAGGACAGCUCCCAGGUGUUACAAAUACCAGAGGUGAUCACACAUGAUGCAGCUCAUUAUGCCCAAGUGCAUCGUGGCAUUAUUACAACUUUUUUCCAUAUGCUACUUGUUCCAUAUAUAUAUGCUCCUGUCUGAAGACACUUUUUCCUGUGCUGCCCUUCAGUUUGUUUCGCAUCUUCUUAUACUGCAAUAUAUACAUUUGUGCAUUUUUUUAGCAACAUGUGGGUUCUGAAGAAUUUUUGAGCAAGCUAGUGCACAGGCCUUCUCUGCCCUGGCAAGCAAUAAUUACUCAAUGGCUUAAACAAGAAUGUGUAAGGCAAUAAUUUGUAUCAUGCAAAUCUAUAAUAUGGCUCAUUAUGCAUCUGCCUUUUGGUUUAAUGCUAUAUGAUUUAUUGUUUUGUGUCGUGAAUAUUUAGGUGCACCUGGAACAGCAGACUUAGUUUUGUGAAAUUAUUCUGUUAAGACAAACUUGUAAUAAGAUGAACAUAUUUAACGUAAGUGUUAUUUAUUUUCUUCAUCCCCUUCAUUGUAUAUAAAAUAUGCUUUGGUUCACGACCAAUUUGGUAUGUGACCACAGUCGCAGAAUGAAUUAAGUUCAUGAUCCAUGGCACUGCUGUAGUUUCAUUGUCACUGUCAUAUUAACUGUUACUUGGGGGCUUUAAAGGGACACUGAUUAGAAAAAAAAUUUAAGCAGUAUUGGUAAACUUAAUUAAAAACAUUAUGGGGUUUUACGUGCCAAAACCACUUUCUGAUUAUGAGGCACAACGUAGUGGAGGACUCCGGAAAUUUCGACCACCUGGGGUUCUUUAACGUGCACCUAAACUUAAGUACACGGGUGUUUUCGUAUUUCGCCCCCAUCGAAAUGCGGCCGCCGUGGCCGGGAUUCGAUCCCGCGACCUCGUGCUUAGCAUCCCAACACCAUAGCUACUGAGCAACCACGGCGGGUAUUGGUAAACUGCCCUUCUAUGAAAUACAAAAAAAAAAAAAGUUGAAGGUGUACUUGGUUAUCCCUGCGUGGAUGAAUGCGAAAGCGUUGCGGCAACGUCAGCGGAAGUGCGGCGACGUUACUGAUGAUGUUCGUCACAAUGUGCGCACAAUGCAAGGUUGUGGGUUCAAGUGCCUAAAUUAACUAUACCUUAAUUAACCGUGCCUUAAUUAAUACCAAAGGUCGAGGGCUCGACUCCCACCAAAGUUUGUGGGAGCGAGUACCUUAAUGAACUCACUCAAUUAACUGUGCAUUAAUUAACGUCGCCUUAACACCAUAGGUCGUGAGUUCUAAAGCCUUAAUUAACUAUCUUAAUUGAAUUAGCACCAAUUAACACCAAAGGUCUUGGGUUCGUAUGGCUGAAAUCUAAUGACUCAAAGGACAACACCGGAAGUUUAUUCAGAGCACAUUUCCAUGAAAACAGAAAUCAGUAAAUAGAAAACCACGAAUCAACCAAAUUUCGACGCUAAAUAAGACAAGGUCGACGUACAUGCGUGUUGAAAUGUGAUUCGAUGAUUAAAUGUUGAUCGUGUCUUUCUAUUCUGUCUCUUUUUUUAUGCUAAUUAUUCACUAAUUUUGUUUAUUCGUAUCGUACUGAAACUAUUGACAGCGCGAAACGGCAUGUACUACACAUGAAAGAUUACACGGACUGUCCGUGUAUAUUGUCCGGGUAUCUCCCAUUACUGUUCGUGUUUGUUUAUUACCUAAGUAAUCGCUGAUUGGAAAACCGCGCAAACAACCAUCGUGUGUAGGCAUGAUACGUUCUUUUUUUCUUCUGGAAACCAUGAGCAUUGCAAGUGUCCUAUAUGUAGAUUUUUGCAGUUCGUGUUUAUUACACAAAGGAGUGCCACACAUGAUUUCUAUGUGCUGCUGCAAAAGUUGACUACCUCUUGUUUCCCCUUGCCACUGCUACUGAAGUUGUGGCCAAGUACAAAAUAAUGUGAUCAUGUGUAUCUCCGUUUUUUAGUACAAUGUUAUUUUUGUUCUGCCAUGUCUUUUUCAUUUUGCUCAGUACUAAUGAACAUGUCACGCAUUUCAUAUACUUUUCUGCAGGUUUAUAAGUAAGCUCUUCUUUUUUUUUUUGGUAUGGCUGUCAAUCAAACAAUCUUGGCAUUUUAUUCUAUUUUUUUAGGUAUCUUGCGUGUCAUUGUUUUUGUCAUUACGAGCGAAUUUCCCUUUCUUUAGUUGUCAUGACUGUGUCAUACACGUCGUCCAGUUUUGUGCAAUAUCUCAGUGCGCAUAUCAGAAGCUCUUCUACACUUUGGUCUUUAGGGCAUUAUAUAAAAAUAUUUUAUGUGUGUGUACAUGAAAGGGCCUUCGCGUUUUGAGUUCUCUUUUUUUCUUUUUGUUAUUGCACUGCCUGUGAACUUUUGUGUUGUUUAGUAGUCAUGUACAUGUCAUGCAAUUUUCACUUGUGUUCCUUUUCUGAGCGUGUAUCAUACCAAGUUAUGCGAAAAUAUUUGUUUUUGGAAACGGAAGUCAAUAAAACGAGGCCAAAUA